UAGAGCAGAGACGUGUCCUUCUAGUUCACUUUUCUGACAGUUGCUUUAUGUAGGACCCCCCCAUGUGUAUAUUUUUCGGAUAGCUUACUAUUUAUUUCUUUUUGGGCAAAAACAGCAGUUGGCCAAAAGUUCUUCUUAAAGAGGAAGAGGAACCUGUAUCCCUGUUGGCUCCCAGGUGCCAAAACCACCCAAGUCUAUAGAAAUGGAGGAAGGCCAGCUGGACUUACGGGACUUGGUGAUUCAACUCCGGGCUCAAAAUGAACAACUUUCACAAGAACUUUCAGCAACGCAAGCACGUCUAGCAAGCUUGACUCCUGGCUCUUCUGAACUCCCUGGCCCCUCUGGAUCUGCUGGUCUCCCAGGGGCAGCGCCUGAACGCCUACUCUACAUCCCCAGAGAAAGGAAGUGCCCCAUGUUUAGGGGGAAUGUGGGUAUAGGAGUGGUAGAAUGGGUCGAAGAGGUCCGUGCUAGCAUGCGGGCCAGGCAUUUAGCUCGCAUAGAUCAGGCCUAUUUCAUUUACGAUCAUUUGGAGGGGUCUGCCAAAGAUGAGAUCAAGUAUAGGCCCCAGCAAGAUCGUGAGGAUCCAGAGAAGGUUUUGACUAUACUGCAGGAAGUGUAUGGAUGUUCACUGUCUUAUGUUGCUUUACAGAAGGAUUUCUUCUCCAGAAAACAGCUAGAGGGUGAGUCGUUGCAGGACUACUCUCAUGCUUUAUUUGAGCUUAUGGAAAAAAUCAUGAGGAAUGCUCCUCAGGCUAUACCUAACUCUGCCAUUCUAUUGAGAGAUCAGUUUGUGGAACAUGUUAAUGAUUCAGAUCUCCGCAGAGCUUUAAAACAGGUUGUACGUGCUAAGCCAUUAGUUACCCUCUUGGAUGUGCGAGGGGAGGCAGUCAGAUGGGAGAGGGAAGGUAGACAGCUGGAAAGUAGGCCCCGCAGUUUUUCCGUCCCCUCCAUCUGUGCUACCCACCUUUCAAGGGUGUCUGAGCAGACGAGUACCUCAUCUCAAAGUGAAAUGGCGGAGAUAAAAGAGAUGCUUAAAGCACAACAAGAACAAAUUAACCAGCUUUCCACCCACCUCUUGCAAUUACAGAACCCCUCCAAAUGGUCUCGGCCUUCGAAUACAGGCCCUGUUCUCUGUAGACGCUGCCAGCAGCCAGGGCAUUUUGCUCGUAAUUGCGAUAAUGCAAGGGUCCCUUUUCAGCAACAGCGCCCCCAGGCGCAUCCUAUGCAAAGGGCAACUGCUCAAAAUCAGCAGUCGGAAAACUAAUGCCCUCUGUUUUGCAGAACCACGAUUCAGAAGGGGCCAUUACAGGUUCAUGUUAUCCAGUGGAUGAACAGUGUCUCUCUCAACUUGUUAGUCCUUGUCCACAUGUUGCAGUGGUCAUUGGUGGGGUUGAGGUAGACUGUCUACUGGAUACGGGGUCAAUGGUCUCCACCAUUAAGGAGUCCUUUUUCCACCAGCAUUUUGACAACUCUCCCCAGGCAUGCCAGUGGCUACAACUUACAGCAGCUAAUGGACUUAGCAUUCCAUAUGUGGGGUAUGUAGAGCUCGAUGUUUCUGUAAUGGGUAUAGUUAUUCCCAAAAGGGGGAUCCUAGUGGUUAAGGAUCCUCCUGGUUCUUUGGCCGAAUCUGACGUUCCUGGUGUCUUAGGCAUGAAUGUAUUACGUGAAUGUUAUGCAGAGUUGUUCGGGCAACAUGCCUCACCCCUUUUUGAUGUCUCACUUGUGAAAGAGGCCCCUGAGGCAUGGAAGAAAGCUUUCCAAAAGUGUCACGAGAGCCGGGCCAGACCUGCAACAGGUGCCAGUGGAGUUGCUAGGGUGAGGGGGAAACAUCCAGUCUACAUACCCGGGGGGACAGUUAAAUUGGUGGCCGCGACCUGUCCGCAG